AUGGAUCCCAGCAGCAGCAGCUGCAUGCGCAGCCCCCAGCCUCCCCCCCUGCUCUGGGGCUGUGUGAGGAGCUCCCACCCCGAGCUGAGCUCAGCUCCAGGGCUCAGCCACUACCCAGCAGCGCCGUUCUCCUUCCAGCAAAAAGCAGAUUUUGCUGCUUACUCUGAUUUCUCGCCCUCCUGCCUGGUGCCAGCUGCCCACAGCUUCCCUCAGGAGCAGCACCCCUCGUUCCAGCACCCUGAGUGGCACCUGGCAGCACCCGAGGCCACCAGAGGAGCAAACCCAGGGCUGGCCUUGGCUUCUGGAGAGUCAGAGGGCAGCAGCACCAGCCUAGUGAGUGUGGCUGUGGAUGAAGAUGAUGAGGCACCAGCAAAUCCUACAAGUGACUCUGAGAAAAAACCAUCCAGGAGGAAAAAGGAAAGCUCAGAGACCCAGAACUCCAGCAAUAAGGCAGAAAGCAGCAGCAGCAGCAGAUCAAGGAAGGAAAGGACAGCUUUCACCAAGGAGCAGCUGAGGGAGCUGGAAGCUGAAUUUGCCCACCACAACUACUUGACAAGGCUCAGGAGAUACGAGAUAGCUGUGAACCUGGAUCUCACCGAAAGACAAGUCAAAGUAUGGUUUCAAAACAGAAGAAUGAAGUGGAAACGUGUGAAAGGUGGGCAAGCAGUGCCCCCGCACGAUCAUGACACAGAGGAUGUGGACUCUGCUGCCUCCCCCAGCUCUGAGUAG